AAGGCCAAUUAGGCGUGAGAUUAUAAAGGCAACUGCUGAAGGUCUGCUGUCAAGCGCUUGUCGCGUAUUGAGCAUAUAUAAAAGCCAUCUGGCCAUUGUGUACAGGGAGCAUAUCCAUCAUCAAACCGGUUUGUUUCCAGUAAACUCUUCUAGCAGUUUACACCCUACAAGACUGGUAUGGUCAACUACUAGUUUGUGAGAAAACAGAACACACCAUCGUCCCCUUAAGCCUGCUGGAUUUGUGCUUAUUCCAUUUUAAACAUGUUUUAUUUCCAUUGCCCACCACAAUUAGACGUGAAUUCCACUUCCUUUGGUAGCCAUGCUGCAGGAGAUUUUGAUGAUGGGUUUCUUCGAAGAAAACAACGGAGAAAUAGAACAACGUUUACUCUCCAGCAGCUAGAAGCUUUGGAGGCUGUCUUUGCACAAACACACUAUCCUGACGUCUUCACCAGAGAGGAACUAGCCAUGAAAAUAAAUCUCACAGAAGCCAGAGUCCAGGUAUGGUUUCAAAAUCGUAGAGCAAAGUGGCGAAAAACAGAGCGAGGGACAUCAGAUCAGGAAGGUACAAAGGAGGGAAUUGCUGAUGGUUCUCCACCAGUUAGAAAUUUGAAUUCUCCAUCCCCAGUAGACCAGGUUCGAAACAAAAAAGAGGGCCUUGAGAUUCAGCAAAGCUUAAGUAGGACGGUUGGGCCUGCCGGAUCUUUCUUUCCAUCAUGUCUACCAGGAACACUUUUGAACACAACUACAUAUGCACAGGCAUUAUCACAAGUGGCAAGCUUAAAAGGAAGCCCACUUUGCUCAUGCUGUGUUCCAGAUCCAAUGGGACUGUCAUUCCUGCCAACUUAUGGAUGCCAGAAUAACCGUACAGCUAGUGUUGCGGCUCUACGGAUGAAAGCGAGGGAACAUUCCGAGGCAGUACUUCAGUCGGCGAAUCUCCUACCGUCAACAAGCACUACCCCAAGUCCCACAACAAAAAUCACAGAAGACAGUAUCCUGGACAAACACAGUCACAGUAAGGAACACAGUGAGAAAGACAAAAAUGUAUGAACAUAUUCCUCUGGAAAUAUGUAUUGGUGUAUAUACAAGGACAUUACAAACACAAGGAUAUACUAUCAGGUUCCCCUCCAGCUUCCAGAUACUUAAGGAAUCAUUUCUGAAGAAAAUCUUAAGAAUUUUAAGAAGCAUAUUUAAUGCACUGACGUUAAUCACUUCCCUUUUACUUGCAGAUUUCUUUUAGCAUUACUUAUUUAUGUGAGCAAUUACUAACUUUUCCACUUAUUUCACACUACGUAAACAUAUUAUAUUAAUAUGGACCUGGGUGGUAGCAGUUCGCUAUCAGUUUGUGGUUGAUCACAAAUAAUUCCACUAAUUUUGCAGUUUAUCAUAUUUAUAUUAUGGCUGAGGCAGCCUGUUUGUGCAUAAAGGGGAGAGAAUUCAGAGGAACUCUUUAAAAGUUGAUCAGAGACUGAUUCCAAUGGCAAAGGUAUGAUUCCAAUGGCAAAGGUAUGAACUGCUACACAACAUAUAAUGCUGAUGUCAUUGUAGGCAGCUUUCAGCACAACUUUAUAUUUGUUUUAUGUUAAGAGACUCUUAUAAACGGUUUUCAUUUGGCUUAUAGAAUUUCUUAGAUAUUUACAUAGCAUGGUUACACAAUUCUUUGAUGUCUUUUCUUAUCUUUUGUAUGUAAUGUACAGUGCAGGAAAAUCUGAGUCCAGUGGCAAAGCUGUCUCCAGCUUUGACUAAAUCCUUUUUCUAAAAUAAUAAAUAAUAAAAAAAAAAAAAAA